AUGCCGAGCGGAACCGGUACCGGCGACGAGGAGGAGUCGCUCAGUGCCUACAAAGCCAGACUGCACCAACAGCACAGCAGGCCCCUGAUUGAGCAAGUCUCCAACCAGUGGAAAGAAAAGGAAGGCUUCUCCGACCAGCACCAAGAGAAAUCCCUCUACCUCGAAGACGACACCGGUGAGCUCGGCUUCUGCGACUUGGAAGAUGAAGGCUCCUGCCCAAACGUCUCCCGCGACAUAGUCUCCUCCCGCCGCUUCCGCAGAAUGUUUGCCAUCGCACUACUCGCCGCUCUCCUGCUCUACUACGCCUGGAAGCACUUUGUGGCCCCGCCGUUGGAGGAGGACUGGGCGUAUAAAGAGGGCUUCGUGGCGCAAGAGAAUGGGACGUAUGGCAUCGCGAAGGGCGGGAGUGAUAUCGAUCCGGAUCUGGUGAGGUUGCGGGAUCUGGAUAAGGGGCUGUUACCGGGAGGUGAGGCGGAUCCAGAGGGGAAGAGGAGACUGGUCUUUGUGGGGGAUGUGCAUGGGUGUAAGAAGGAGUUGGUGAAGUUGCUGGAGGAGGUGGGAUUUGAGGAGAAGAGUGAUCACUUGGUUCUUGUUGGGGACACUAUCUCGAAAGGGCCGGACAACGUGGGUGUGCUGGAUGAGUUGAUGCGUUUGAAGGCCACGAGCGUGCGAGGCAACCACGAGGAUCGGAUUCUGCAAGUCGCCAAAUCUGCGCAUAACACGCUCAGUUCGACAUCCAGCAAAGGCCGCGCAAAGGAUGUCGCCCUGCUCAAGCAGCUCAAACCACACCACAUCGAGUACCUCCGCUCCAUGCCCUUGAUGCUGCACAUCCCAACCCUGCCGCAAGCUUCCAAACCCACACACAAGAAGGACUCCCCCAUCAGCGAACACAUCCUUGUUGUCCACGCCGGCGUCGUGCCUGGUGUGCCCUUCUUCAAACAGGACCCUUACUACAUCAUGAACAUGCGCUCCAUCAACCGCCGCACACACGUCCCGUCGGCCCUACGCGCAUCCAGCAAAAACGAGAAGCCGUGGUUCGAUGUCUGGAACUGGUACAACGACCGAAUCUUCCGGAAACAAUCGCUCAAACACUUCAAUACCGCCCUGCAAACCUCCUUCCAAGAUGACGAGGACAACGACGACAAUGUCUGGACAUCCCUCUGGAAGAAUUUCUGGGGAGAACGACAUGCGCGACCUAAGCCCCAAGUCGUCAUUUACGGGCAUGACAGUAAAGAGGGCUUGCAGAUCAAGCGAUGGUCGAAGGGUUUGGAUUCGGCUUGUGUAAGUGGUGGGAAGUUGACGGCGCUUGUGUUGGAUGCGAAGGGGAUGUGGGAGGUUAAGAGUGUUGGGUGUAAGAAUUAUAGAGGGUAG